UUUUUUUUCAAUUUAAAUAUUACAGUUCCAAACUUGCAUUAAUAAUAAUAAUAAUAAUAAUAAAUAUGUACGCCAGAACAGCAGCUUCCCAGGUCACAAAAGCCUAUCGCUCUACUUAUAUUACUUCAUUGACAUCUACAUCCGUCACUCAAACUUCAAGAACUAUGACUGCCUUUUCUCAUAUGUCAGAUAAUAAUCCAGAAGUACUUGAAAAAGAAAAGGAAAAGAGUUUGAAGAAAAAAGAAAAUAAGGAAUGGAAUGAAAAGUUAGCCUCUCAUAGUGAAGCAGCAGUUAAGGCUGAUAAAGAACAAGAUAAACCUAUCAGUACUUUACAAAAUGAAACUAUUGAGGAACUUGAAAAGAAAAGUAAAGAAGAAUAAUCGUUAUAAAUAGAUAAUAUACAAGCAAAAAUAAUAAAAAAAAAAGAUAACAAAAGAAUGAACGUCAUCUUUAAUAAAAGCUAUCCUAUUAAACUUGUCAUACGUGGGGUGGUAAUGACAAUGUGCUCAUAACUGGUUGUAUUUUGAAGAUAGUCUUUACUUUUAGUCAUGUAUUUAUAUUCCGAUAACAUAUGCUUAUGAUUCUCUCCGAGAAAAUCAACAAUACUCCUCCUUACAUAAUACUAAGCUUGAACAGAUUAAAGUAACACAACUGAG